AUGCCACUUGGAAAAUUAGCUCACUAUUCAUUCGACUUAGUCCUUAUCUCUAUUAUUCUUGCAGGGAUUCACAGAAAUACCGGACUUGUAUUUGAUACGUCAAACUUUUCUUCUGUUGAUAUCAGAAGAUGGUUUGGUAAUUAUCUCUCUUUUGGUGAGAGUAUGUAUGACAAAACCAUAUCUUUGUUAAAGAUGACUGGUUAUUUUAAGCAGAGAAAUUUGGUAUAUGAUUAUGUUGAUCAAGCCAGUAAGAUCUUAAAGGAGCAAACUGGAAGAGAAUUAGGGGACUAUCCAAAGAAGGAUUGA